GCCGGCUACCCUGGUGGAUAACUGGGGCCGCGAAGUCAAGAAAUGGCUGGGGUCGGAGCGACUGCAGGCGCUGUGUCUGCAGCAGUCCUCCGCCGCCAAGCAGACCAUCAUGGAGUUCAGGCACGGCUGCCACCAGCGCAUGAUGAUCACCAGCUACGAGACGCUGCGCAAGCAUGCCAAGGAGCUGACGGGCGUGUUUGAUCUGCUGGUGUGCGACGAGGGACACAGGCUCAAGUCGGUGGGUGGCAACAAGACGAUCGAUGCGCUGCUGAGCCUGGGCUGCAGCCGCCGCAUCCUGCUCACGG